AGGAGCAACGUGUCUGUGUUUAAGAGGAUCAAAAAAAAUUCUUAUGGAGAUGGUAGAUAACACAGGCAACAACAACAAUAUUAGUCCAGACUCCAGAGAAGGGUUUAACUACAAUUUCGCAGGUGAUCGUCACCAUCACGAUGAGGUGAUUAAGGAGCAAGAUCGGCUGCUUCCGAUAGCAAACGUCGGUCGGAUCAUGAAGCAAAUCCUUCCCCCCAAUGCCAAAAUUUCGAAAGAGGCCAAGGAAACCAUGCAAGAGUGCGUCUCGGAGUUCAUUAGCUUUGUGACCGGAGAAGCCUCCGACAAGUGUCACAAGGAGAAGCGAAAGACGGUGAAUGGCGACGACAUUUGCUGGGCCUUAUCCACGCUGGGGUUCGACGACUACUCGGAGCCGCUGAAGAGGUACUUGAAUAGGUUCAGGGAAUUGGAGGGGGAGAAGGCUCAGCAGAGCAAGGCCAACAGCGGCGGUGAAGAUCAAAGGAACGAAGAAGCGGAAGUGUCACCGACAAGAGCAAGUACUACUUCCAGUUCUAAUCCAUUAUUGAAGUUCAAUAUGAUCAAUGAAAGGGGUAAUAGCUCAAUCUCUCGGCGAUUUUGAAUGGUAUGAAGCUAGAGAGAAAAGAUUUAGAGUCCCAGACUCCCAGUAAUGGAAUCUGCCAAAGAAGAGCCCUAAAUCUGACGAGCAUGUGUGGUUCAUGAGUUCUCCAUGUGACACCUAGCAGAGUUCCCAACUCUACACGUGCUGGCACAUACUUUGUGUAUUUUCUUUCCGGCUUGUAGUGGUUUCAUGGCAAAACUCAAAAGAAUAAUGAAUUAAAUC